AUGGUUAGAACCCUGAAGUUGAAGCUCGCCAACCUCAAAACAACACUCCAUGUCCCUCUCGGCCUUUCCCUCUCCCUCUCCUUCCUUCUCUUACUAUCCCUAUAUGUAGAGGUCUCCUCAGCCCAAUCCCUCUCCCCAAGUCCCAGUCUCACAACCGGCUCUUUCUCCUCCGACCCCCCCUUCGGCCUUCCCGCUUCGUCCCUCGCGGACGCUAUCGCCUCCUCCAUCUCCAACGCCUCCUUCCCAACAACAGGCUAUAACACCUCCAUCCCUGCGGGCCCAGCCGACGCCACAGGCAAUGGAAUCUCCGGCUGGUCACUACAGAUUACCGUGGCAGCCAACAUACCUUUAACCAACGCCUCCGACUCCUCUGGUAUAUCAGUGGAAGAUAAGAAGAGCAAAGUCACCGAAGCGGCGGUGUUGUCGCUUGUGCCUCCUUCUCUUAUAGAAAGUGUGGAUGAGGAUAGCUGGCGGGUAUGCGCGAUUGUGUUUGUGGGUGGGUUGGCGACGGACAAAACGGAGGAGGCGCGGACGAAGGGAUUGGAUCUUGAUGGUACUUGUGCGGCAUUACUGCCGAGUGAGUGUAUCCAGGAGUUGCAGGUUGGUAGUGUUGCGAACGGCACCGAUACCUCAAGGGGACGGGAGUGUGCGAGUUUGGUGGUUCCGGAUGCUUGUUUAGAGUAUUUUGGGGGGGCGGUUGGGGUUGGGUAUGGUGAGUCUUUUGUCCCAUGUUGA